GUUGUUUUGAGGUCCAUUUGGGGAUCUUGAGAGAGAGAGAGAGAGAGAGAGAGAAUUGAAGAAGAUGCCAAGUGAUGUCUCAUCAGCUGAGCAGUCAUUCAGAAUCAAGGAAGAUGGAGGGUUCUUCUCGAGGCUGGUGGCGAAGGAAGCGUCCGUGGGUAACUCAUCUUCAAGAGUAUUAUACUAUGGAGAAGCUUCUGUGGGAGUUCCUUUCAUGUGGGAAUCAAAACCAGGAACUCCUAAGCAUCCUCUGAGCGAGACCUCUCUUCUUCCUCCAUUAACACCCCCACCUUCCUACACUUCCAAGUCCAAGCCAAACCCUAGAAAUCCAAAUAAGAAAACUACCCAUAGGAUUAUCUCAGGCAUCUUGAGGGCACUACUUGCAGGCUCUGGAGGGAAGGUUCAUGCGUCUUCUUCAUCUUACUCGUCGUCGUCGUCCUCAUCUUCGCUUUCGCUGGGAUACUAUUCAUCAUCUCCUUCAUUUUCUGUGAGGUCUGCGACUUCAAAACUGGGCAUUGCUUUAAGGUACAAACAUAGAAUCUCUCCAGGCUGCACUCCUUUUGGGAAUAUAAAGAAUGUGAUUCUGAAAAUCGUGCGACAUGGUGGAGCGGCCUAGCUAAGCUAGCCAGUUAAUCUUUCUACGUGGUUUUAGUUAUUGUAGAAGUCUGAUGAGGAGUUACGUUGUUGUUGAUGAAGAUAGUUGUUGAAAACUAUGAACGUGUGUGGGCUCAGUGGGUCAAACAUAUUGAUGUGGAUCAUAGCUCAUGAUCAAUAUAUUCACAAUGUAUAUGCAGCAGGAGAUCUGGAAUCCGUCAUUUCCCCCAAUUAUUGUGUCUUUAAUUAAUUUAUAUAUAUAGCCUGUAUCAUUGAGGAAACAGAUUUUAAUCAUUUGUGUUAUCGAUGGAGUUAUUUUAGUUUAUCAGAAUCGAUCAUUUGAAUA